UUGGCGUGGGAAGCGGUGAGGAACGUCAUCUUGCCGCCACGGAGAAAAUGAAAGUGCCGCCUUUUGAUGACACAAGCGAGUUAAGCUGCCAUGUUAUUACUCCUUGUUCAAUGAAUAGUGUAUAUACGUUCGGUCUGUGGAAUCGUCGCCAUCUUACUACACCCAGCGUCUGAGGGAAAUGUGAGUUGUGGUAAAAAAGGAGGGAAGAUAUCAGUCAACUCAGUAUCAGUGAGCGCCAUCCUUGUGCCGCCAUCAGAACAAGCAGUGUGAGGUUUACCUGACUCAGAAUGUCUGUGACUCUUCACACGGAUCUGGGGGAGAUCAAAAUUGAGCUGUUUUGUGAGAGAGCUCCGAAGGCCAGUGAGAACUUUCUAGCUCUCUGUGCCAGUAACUAUUACACCGGCUGCCUCUUCCACCGGAACAUCAAAGGCUUCAUGGUCCAGACUGGGGAUCCAACAGGUACGGGAAAGGGGGGCCAGAGCAUUUGGGGGCGGAAGUUUGAAGAUGAAUACAGCGAAUUUCUAAAGCACAGUGUACGUGGAGUGGUCUCCAUGGCCAACAAUGGCCCCAACACUAACGCCUCUCAGUUCUUCAUCACGUACGGGAAGCAGCCGCAUCUGGAUAUGAAGUAUACAGUGUUUGGAAAAGUGAUCGAUGGCCUUGACACCCUCGACGAGCUGGAGAAGCUGCCGGUGCACGAGAAAUCCUUUCGCCCCCUCACCGAAGUGCGGAUAAAGGAUGCCACAAUCCAUGCCAACCCCUUUGCCCUAUAGUUUGUGCUUUGCCCAACGAUGGCAAUGUUUAUCCGCAUCCGGCAAAGGGACUUCUGGGUGCUUUGUGUUUGGAAUCUAAUUGGCGGCAGCAGUGGGACCAGUAAUGGGAUGGAUUGCCUAUGAGGAGUGUUGCGUUGGCUGGCUGCCCAGAAUCCGAUUAUUCUCAAUAUUCCAUGGCAGGAACAGAAACCCUCUGGAAACUGUUCAGCCCAGUGAGUCCGAGACCUUUAUUAUGACAUCAUUGCCAUUGGGGUCUUACAUCAUUCCUAACUGUGAUGCAUCUGGCUAAAUAAAGCCAAAUGUGUAUAUUAUAUAUAUAUAUAUAUAUAUAUAUAUAUAUAUAUAUAUAUAUAUAUAUAUAUAUAUAUAUAUAUAUAUAUAUAUAUAUAUAUAUAUAAUGCUAGACUUUUAUUUUCCUAGGGUUACAUUGUUUUCAUGAAAGGUUUAGAUUACAUAAAUGGCAAAUAAAACCUUUUUUUUUUAA